AUGUCGAACAAGGCUGUGCCAGAACAGCGGCAUUCAGAGGGUACCGAUCCCUCCCAUCCUGUAUCAAGCCCUCUCACCACUGCAGUGAACGAAGCAGCGAAUUCACAUUCGAUCAUGACUCUUGCCUACUCUAGUAUGCUACCUGGAGAAAAGAUGAGAUCCCUUAACAUUGUGUGCGAUGAUAGACACCGACUUUUCAGUGCCAUGACAUCCAUGGUUUGUAGCCCAAAGACACAGUAUGAUGAAGAUAGUUGCAUAUCCAACCUUCCCAGCACCAAGAGGUCACGGAGUGAUGUGGAUGGUUGCAUGUCCGACCUUCCCAGCGCCAAGAGACUACGGAGGGAUGAUGACAAUACCUCCACCUUACUCAACCAAACGUCGCAAAGCAAUGGGGACGCCACUACGCCCGAAGUUGGCAAUGCCUUGGACUUCUCUUCACCUCGGCGAUCAGCUCCCAUCGAUGCAACAUCAUCGUGUUACAUUGACGUUUGGUUGGAACAAUUCAAGCAACGCGGCGAUCCCGCCCAUUUGGACACCGCGAUAGCAAGUUGGGACGCUGCUGUACAGGUCGUGGCAGAGAUGAGUCCACUGAGAGUGAAAGUUCUGCUUGGUCUUGCCGAGUCGCUAAGGCAACGCUUCGAACUGCUCGGUGACCUCAAUGAUCUCACAGCCUCAAUUGGGGUUUUCGAAGAGGCCAUAGUAUCAAUUGCAGAUGUUGACUCCAUCAAGUCUGCCUGUUUGGGCCUUCUCAGCAUCUGUCUGUCGACUCGCUUCCAGCGGCUGGGCGACAUUGCGGAUACCGACCGAUCGGUUUCGGUGUACGAGGACGCAGUACGACUUACUUUUCACGAUCACCCCCUCAAGGCGAGUUAUUUGGACAUGCUCGGCGUCUCACUGUCGGAUCGUUUUGAUCGGCUGGGCAAUGUCGCGGAUAUUGACCGGUCAAUUUCAGUGCAAGAGGAUGCGGUACGACUUACUCUUUAUGACCAUCCUGACAAGCCGAGUCGUUUGGGCAACCUUGGCAACUUACUGUUGACUCGAUUCGAGCGGCUGGGCAAUAUCGCGGAUAUUGACCGGGCGAUUUCGGUGAAUGAUGAUGCAGUACGACUUAUUCCUCAUGACCAUCCUGACAAGCUGGGUCAUGUGAACGACCUCGGGAACUCACUGAUGACUCGGUUCGAGCGGCUGGACGAUGUCGCGGAUAUUGAGCGGGCGAUUUCAAUGCAAGAGGACGCAGUACGACUUGCUCCUUAUGACUAUCCUACCAAGCCGACUUAUUUGAGCAACCUCGGGACUUCACUGGCAACUCGCUUCCAGCGGCUGGGCAAUGUUGCAGAUAUUGAUCGGGCGAUUUCAGUACAAGAGGACGCAGUACGACUUACUCCUCAUGACCAUCUUGACAAGACGAGUCGUUUGAACAACCUUGGCAACUCACUGUCGACUCGUUUCGAGCGGCUGGGCGAUGUCGCGGAUAUUGACCGGUCAAUUUCAUUGCAAGAGGAUGCGGUACGACUCACUCCUUAUGACCAUCCUACCAAGCCGGGUUAUUUGAACAACCUCGCCAGCUCACUGGCGACUCGGUCUCAGCGGCUGGGCAAUGUCGCGGAUAUUGACCGGUCGAUUUCAGUGCAAGAGGACGCAAUACGACUUUCUCCUCAUGACCAUCCGCACAAGCCAAGAUUUUUGAACAACCUCGGCAUCUCACUGUUGGUUCGCUUCGAUCGGCUGGGCGAUGUGGCAGAUAUCGACUGGUUGAUUCUAGUGCAAGAGGACGCAGUGCGACUUACUCCUGAUAAUCAUCCUCACAAGCUUCAGUUUUUGGUCAACCUCGGCACCUCGUUUUUCAGCCGCUUCCGGCAUCUCCGCGAUAUUGCUGAUCUCAGGAGUGCUAUAUCGACUUUCUCCGGCGCGGCCUGUUCAUCAGUAGGUCCUUCUUCCAUUCGUCUUGAAGCAGCCCUGCGAUGGAUUCGUUGCGCUCACCUUAUUUCCUCGGAUUCUCUUCUUGAUGUUUACGCUGCAGCCAUCGACCUUGUGCCUCAAGUAGUAUGGCUUGGCCUGCCCCUCCAAGACCGCCACCGCGAACUCCUACGAGCAGCAGAUGUUGUACGAGAUGCAGCAGUCGAUGCACUUGCACGUGGGUACCGCAACAGAGCUGUUGAAUGGCUCGAGCAAGGCCGUUCGGUUGUCUGGAACCAGUUGUUGCAGCUUCGUACACCCCUCGAUGAGUUGCAGAGUCGUGAUCCGACGCUUGCGAACAGACUCCGUCAAGUCUCAUAUGAAUUAGAGAAGGGUAGUGGGCAUGACAUGACUGGAGCUGGAGAGAUGAAGAAUGAUGUGGGUUAUCUCUGGAGGAACAGGCCCGACAAUACCGUGGACUCGCAAUGGAGCGCGAAACGAUUCUCUCCGAGGUCAGAUACUGUCUCACAACUCGCUCCUUCGGCACAUGCGGGACCCGUCGUCAUCCUUAACGCCAGCCAGUACAGAUGUGAUGCAUUAGUCCUCCUGGCUGAAUCGGACGACGUGCUUCAUGUCCCCCUCCCUGAUAUCACAUACGAGCAAGUGGAAAACUUACAGAAAUCCCUGAAUAAACUGCUUGCCAGUCAUGGCCGUGUUAUUUCGCGGAUGGACAGAGCUAUAAGAGAAGUUGUACGGAGGGGUCGAACUACUGACGAAUCGUUCAAGUCCAUUCUUUCAGAAUUGUGGAAGAAAGUUGUACGGCCGGUGUUGGAUGCCCUUGCUUUUUCGACUCCAACCGCAGGAGAACUAUCUCGUAUCUUCUGGUGUCCCACUGGUCCAUUUUCAUUUCUCCCCAUCCAUGCUGCAGGUCUUUAUGGUGAUGCCGAUACAGGAGCGAAGCUGUCGGAUUUCCUCAUCUCGUCGUAUACACUUACUCUCAGUGCUCUCAUCCUCCCGCCGCAUGAAGGCACUACCAUAGAUAAUAUGCGCCUUGUUGCUGUCCCUCAGCCGGCAUCAGACAGGCAGACUCGGCUGCCGGGUGCACAAAUAGAGCUUGGACAUAUCAAGACGACGCUUCAAAGCCUUUCAUCUACCCCCAUCUCACUCGUGCAGUCCAUCGGGACCGUGGAAGAUGUACUGACCAAGAUGAAGGAAUCGGACUGGGUCCAUUUCGCAUGUCACGGAGUACAAGACCUGGCACGUCAUCGUGGAGGACUCGCGUUCCUCUCCGCCUGCCAGACCGCUACAGGCGAUAAGGACCUUCCUGAAGAGGCCAUUCAUCUCGCUGCAGGCAUGCUGCUCGCUGGGUAUGGCGGUGUGGUUGCCACGAUGUGGUCGAUAAAGGACAGUGAUGCGCCCAAGGUGGCAAAGUGUGUAUACGAACAGCUGUUCCGGGAUGGCAAUCUGCCCGACUACAGGCAGGCUGCACGGGCAUUGCACUAUGCGGUCAAGGGUCUUCGCGAGGAGCACAGCGCGCCUUUUAUGUCUUGGAUUCCGUUUAUACACAUCGGUCCGUGA